AUGUGGUGGCUCUUCCGAGUUUUCCUCAGUUCCAUCUUCCUGCUUAGCAUCGUUCUCUCGAUCCCCGUCGCCUUCGAUGUGGGUGGCCGAGACAGCGGGCUGGCGUACAGCUUAGCGCUGUCGGCCUUCUACUUUGUCUAUUCCACCAUCAGCGUCGUCACUCCCGAGACCUCCCGCGUUCGCUGGGCCGUUUCGAACCUCUUGCGCCUUUCUCAGUGGUUUGUUUUGCCGGCGUUGUUGAUCUGGGCGCUGGGUCGCUUCGCCGUCGACGCGGGGAGCACCAACUGGGUUGAGAGGACCUUUGCUGGCCUGAAAACAUCCAAGUCGGUAUCGUGGGGAGAAUGGAUAUUCGGAGAGCGCGGUCUCUUGGAGACGAUCUUUUUGGGAGGGUGGGAUAACACGCUGCGGUACUCCAGCCCGGUAUUUCAGCUCUUGGAGGGGUUCUGCAGCCUGCUUGUCAUCCAAUCGUCCGGCCAAAUCACGAGGUGGCUCGUUAAUAGGGGACGGAGUGAUACUUGGAUGAUCGUGUUGCUCGGGUUCUCCGGCGGCAUCAUCGCCACCGCGAUUUACUUCCUCUGGCGCGUGGCCCAUUUCCCGUCAAUCAGCAACAUCGACGGUACUCUGAUCGGAGUCGUCAUGACAUCAGCCUUCUUCCUGUGUGCUCAAGGCAUCCACAACGGGCGGGGCAACGUGGUCGAAUCGUCUCUCCUGUUUGCCUACAUCGUCCUGUGCAUCUACCAGAUCUUCACCGACUACCUGCCGUCCCCGGAGGCUGCCGAAUCGGUACUGCAGGCCUCGUCGCAGCCUGAUUUCCCGCCCUUGCCUCCUAUCAUCAUGGCCACGUGGUCGACGUUCCUGCACAUGCUGGGCUCUCUCCCUUCGGUUGUCCACACCUCUUUGACGCUCCUCUAUGCCGCGUUCCAGACCAUCACCCCUUCGGUCAUCAUCUCUCUUACCUACCGACUGUUCGUCUUCUACUGCGCGACGCGUAUCAUCCCCGCGGUGCGCGAGUCGGGCGCCCGGGCCCUCAUGCAGGAGCCUAGUAUCGAGGAUACAGAACCAGCCAGCCGACUACUGGGCUUGGUAUCCUACUUCUCGCCGUCGAUCCUGAUUGCCAUGUACACCAGUCUCCUGCUGCAGCAUUUUAGCACGAGCGACGGGCCGGACGGAUGGACGCUGCGCGGCGGAGAUGCCGGUGGCACUGUGUGGCGGUGGGUGAACGUGGCGGCGACGAUGGGCUUGUAUGCCGUCGAGCUAUAUCUUGGCAACGAUGAUUCCGAUCACUGGAAGAUGGACUGA